UGUGAAUUAUUAAAAACACAUGCUAAAUCAGCUGGACGCAAAUAAUAAAACAACAAAAAACUAAAUAAUUGAAAUAAUUUAUAAUAAAAUUUUAUCAAAACAUGUCGAAAUUACAAUGCGAGCAAACUUUGCAAGGACACAAAGGCCGCAUCUGGUGUGUAUCGUGGCAUCCCAAGGGUAAUGCAUUUGCUUCUUGUGGUGAAGAUAAAACCAUACGAAUUUGGUCAAUGACCGGCAACAAUUGGUCAACGAAAACUAUUCUAUCCGAUGGGCACAAGAGAACAAUUAGAGAAGUAGCUUGGUCCAAAUGUGGCCAAUACCUAGCAUCGGCCAGUUUUGACGGCACCACCGCUAUAUGGUCAAAAACAUCAGGUGAAUUCGAGUGCAAUGCCACUUUGGAAGGUCAUGAAAAUGAAGUAAAGAGUUCUAGUUGGUCGAAUUCUGGUUCAUUGCUGGCUACUUGUUCCCGCGAUAAGUCAGUCUGGAUCUGGGAGGUAACAGGUGAUGAUGAAUUUGAAUGUGCCGCAGUAUUGAAUGCUCACACACAAGAUGUGAAACGCGUUACAUGGCAUCCCACUAAAGAGGUGCUAGCCUCUUGUUCUUAUGACAACACCAUAAAGAUGUAUGCAGAGAAUACAUUAGACAAUGACUGGGAUUGCACGGCUACUUUGGCUGGUCAUACGAGCACUGUAUGGGCUAUAGAUUUUGAUGCCGAAGGUGAAAGAUUGGUAUCGGUAAGUGAUGAUCGCACCAUGAAAAUAUGGCGGGCAUAUGCUCCGGGAAAUCCCGAAGGAGUAGCUACACCAGAUAAUGAAACCGUAUGGAAAUGUGUCUGCACCAUAGCAGGAGAACAUUCUCGCACUAUUUACGAUGUAUCAUGGUGUAAAUUGACUGGCCUUAUAGCAACAGCUUGCGGAGAUGAUUCUAUAAGAAUUUUUAAGGAAGAUUUGGAGACAUCCACGAAGAAUGAACCGGUAUUUACUUUAGUUGCCUCUCAAGACAAAGCCCAUUUACAAGAUGUAAAUAAAGUUUCGUGGAAUCCAGUUCAUCCUAAUCAACUGGUUUCCUGUAGUGAUGAUGGUAAUAUUAAAAUCUGGAAAUACACUGAGUAAAUUUUGUAUACUAAGAUGAGAAACUUGUAAAAUUCUUAACAAAUUUAUAUUUUCAAAAUAAAUAUUUAAAAACAAAAUAAAAAAAA